AGCAAGCCGCACACUAUGUCACUGUCAGCGUAUAAUUACCCGUCACCGCGACAGACAGACACGACAUCCGUUGCUUCGGUUGCUUGGGAAACAACCAAACGAGCUACGACAGGAAAUUGGAUAAAUAUAUAUGUACAUCUCAGAAAACAAUUAGGAUAUGAAGAUCAAAUUGCGUCGGAUCAACCUUUCGAAUGGUCACUAGAAUAUUUCAGAUUAAAGGGCCUGCCACAAUUUUGGGUGGGAUCAAUGGUGAUUUCAUAUGCUAUGUAUGUCGGUAUUGGAGGUUUCCUACAUUGGUACUACUACGUGAGGCAAAGAGACAAGGCGGAGGAAUGGAAGUGCCAGCCGAAAAAGUUUUUGAGCCCCGACCUGGAAAGACAUGAAAUUAUGCUUGGUUCCUUCACACUAUUUCUAAAUGCAACGACAUCUGCUUUUCUCGCAUGUUAUAUUGCGAACGGUGGAUACAGCACGGUUUAUUACACAUUUUCCGAAUACGGAUGGUGGUGGUUUGCACUGCAAUGGCCCGUCGUUUUUAUUUAUAUGGAUUACGUUACAUAUUGGUUGCACAGGAUCUAUCACCUGCCGUAUUUGUACAAACACUUCCAUAAAUUGCAUCACAAAUACAAACAGCCUACUGCUUGGUCUGUAACAGCUAUUCACCCUGUAGAAUCGACGCAUAUUCAAAUGACUUUGGUUUUACCUCUUUUUGUAAUCCCUGUACAUUGGGUUACAUUCUACACGAUAGCUUUGUACAACUAUUACCAUGGAAUAAUUGAUCAUUCCGGUAUAAAUUUUAAAGCCUUCUGGUGGCAGCCUUGGCAACCCGAUGCGAUUUUUCACGAUAAUCACCAUCAGUAUUUCCACGUCAAUUUUGCUUUCAACAUGGAAAUUUGGGAUAAGUUACAUGGAACGUAUAGAAGGAAGGAUCGCGUUUAUACAGAAGAUACGUUUUAUGGGGUUGGCAAAUCUAUUGACGAGGUUACCAAAGCAGAAUUGGAUGCAGACAUGGCCGAAAGGAAAUCUGAAAAUCCAUUGGCUUAUCGGGGUAACAAAAUGGACUACGAAUUAAGCAAGGACGAAUUAAAGAACUUGAAAACUAAAAAUAAAUAAUUUAUUAUUAAAUUUUUAUUUAAUAAAUAAUGUUUUUUUA